AUGUUUGUUAAACACAAGCAAUGGAUGGCUCAACAUGGACGCUACUACAAGAAUGAGGAAGAGAAGGUGAAACGGUUUAAGAUAUUUAAAGAGAAUGUGCAACACAUAGAAAGCUUCAACAGAGAAGGGAGCCACACAUACAAGCUUAGGAUCAACAAAUUUGCAGAUCUAACUAAUGAAGAGUUCUUGGCUAAGUAUGGAGGAAAUUUGAAGCCAUCUUUCUCGAUGAUUCCAUCAAAUCAAUCAUCUUUUGAAUAUGGGAAUGUGAAAGAUGUACCACCCAGUCUUGACUGGAGAGAUCACAAUGCUGUCACGCCUGUACAAAAUCAAGGACAAUGUGGAUGUUGCUGGGCAUUUACAGCCGUUGCUGCCAUUGAAGGGAUAGAAGCCAUCCGAUCAGGUGAGCUGACUCCAUUGUCAGAGCAACAUAUAUUAGACUGCAACUACGGUCACGAAGGCUGCCAAGGAGGAAGAAUGGAUCAUGCUUUCGACUUCGUGGCGAAAAACGGGGGCCUUGCCUCCGACACUGAUUAUCCCUACACUGGAACUCAAGGAGCAUGCGCCAUUAACAAACCAUCAUCUCUUUCCUCAAGGAUCACUGGUUUUGUCUUUGUUCCGAACAACGACGAGGCAGCACUGCUUGCGGCGGUAGCUAACCAACCAGUCUCAGUUGCAAUAGACCCAAAACUCUUCCAAUUUUAUCACAGUGGAGUUUUAACAGGUGAGUGUGGAACCAAUCUCACUCAUGCCGUUACAGUAGUGGGCUACGGUGAAAGUGAAGAUGGAGUGAAGUUUUGGUUGGUGAAGAACUCGUGGGGGGCGGAGUGGGGAGAUAAUGGAUAUGUAAAAGUGCAGAGGAAUGUGGAUGCCAAAGAGGGCAUGUGUGGUAUUGCAAUGUUUCCUUCUUAUCCCACUGCAUGA